GGCAACCUGACGUAUCCCGAUGGAUUCAUCCUGCAGGGUCUUGUCUCAAACCAGUCAGGAUACGAGUGUCUCCUCAUCCCUGGCUUCCUCUUCAUGUACCUGCUGACUCUACUGGGCAACUCAGUGAUUGUCCUGCUCAUCUACCGCGAUGUCCGGCUCUCCUGCUCCCCCAUGUAUUUCUUCCUCAGUCAUCUCUCAUUAGCCGAUAUGGGGUUUUCCUCCACCACUGUCCCUAAGAUGCUGCAGAACCUAUUGACUCAUACCAAACACAUCUCCUAUCGAGGGUGCCUGACACAGAUGUUUUUCUUCCUGGGAUUUGGAAACACUGAAAGUUUUCUCCUGGCCUCCAUGGCUUAUGAUCGCUUUGUGGCCAUUUGCCACCCACUUCGCUAUGCUGUGCUGAUGAACGCAAAACACUGCCUCUUGUUGGCUACAGGCUGUUGGGUCCUAGGCUUUCUCCACUCGUUGCUCUACACCCUGAUGAUGUCUUUCCUUUCCUUCUGUGCCUCCGGGGAGAUCCCCCAUUUCUUCUGUGACCUCCAUCCCUUGAUCAAGCUCUCCUGCUCAGACACCUCAGCAAUCCAGAUGACGACCCUCACUGAGGGCACU